AUGAGUAGACAAUUCCGAACCGUCGAUUACGAGGCGACCCUCAAAACCAGCGUCCGCCUGGAAGAGUGCUUGCCCGAAGACCACCUCGCUCGCUUCAUCGUAGACAUCGUGGCCCAACUUGACCUGGAGCCCCUGUACGCCCACUAUGGCAAGCGCGGCGGACAACCUUACGCCCCUGAAAUCCUGUUGGGCCUGCUCUUCUACGCCUACGCCACCGGCGUUUUCUCUUCCCGCAAAAUCGAACAGGGAACCAGAGAAACCGCCGCCUUCCGCUAUCUUGCGGGCAAUCUCUCCCCGGACCAUGACACUAUCGCCGCCUUUCGCAAGACCUUCUUGCCCGAACUCAGCGGCCUCUUCGUGCAAAUUCUGUCGCUGGCGCAGGCGACGGGCCUCCUCAAACUCGGCAACAUUAGCCUCGACGGAACCAAACUCCACGCCGCCGCUUCCAAAAGUAAGGCCGUCUCCUAUAAACGCCUCCUCGAAAUCGAAGCGAAACUUCAGGCGGAAGUCGCCGAACUUUUCGCCCUUGCCGAAACCGCCGAUCUGCGAACCGUUCCUGAAGGCUUGGACGCGCCCUACGAAAUCGCCCGCCGCCAAGAGCGUCUCAAGCGCCUUGCCGAAGCGAAAACCCUGCUGUUGGCUCGCGCCGCCGAAAAAGCGGCGUUCGAGCAGGCCGACUACGACGCCAAGAUGCAGGAACGCGCCGCCAAGGAAGACCAGACGGGCAAGAAGCCGCGCGGCAAACCGCCUGCGCCGCCCUCUGCGACUCCCCAGGACGGCGACCAAUACAACUUCACCGACCCCGACAGCCGCAUCAUGAAAAACAGUCGGGACGGCGGGUUCAGCCAGCAAUACAACGCGCAGGCAGUCGUAGAUCACGCGGCCCUACUGAUUGUGGGCGGUUCGCUCUCAAACCAUGCCAACGAUCAGGGCGAAGUCGCUCCCACCUUAAAGACAAUCUCCCAAGAACUUGGCAGGCCGGGCGCGGCGGCUCUGGACACGGGGGAACGGGCUAUUUCAGCGAAACGAACGUAA